AUGCCUAGAAAGAGGCCGCAGGUCAAGUCCUUCAAGCCAAAUCCCGUGGCAUCCUCGGCGCAAUCGUCUGCGCCCAGCGCCUCCGCCGACAAGAACAGGGCGCCCGCGAGCGUCAACCAACUGCUGGCAAACCUGCGCCGGGCCUCGACUGCCUCUUCGGCUGCCCGCCCCGUCCCGACGCCCGCCCCCAGCCUGCCCCCGGCCAUCAGAGAAGUCCUCCAGCUCCCCGAGACUCCUGCGCCACUGCCGAGACGAGCCGCGAGGCAAAGAUUUGACGAGCAUGGCCGGCGUCUUCCCGCCGGGCCUGCUCCUCCACGCAGCUGGCUCUCAAAGGAAUACGCCGAAACAGCAGCUGAGAGGCAUCCGGGGCGAUCGUCGCGGGUGACGUUUCCCGGGCCGGCCCAGGCGACGCUGCCCGGAGCUUAUAUGCCAGCGCCCGGAAGCUUCAUAGAUAUACUUCUACGGCGUCUAGCCUUGGACUGGGAGGCCCAUCGUGUCUACAACCAGUACCAUUUGUACUCGUUGCCCAGUCACCUCAAAACAGCGCUCAUUCGGUACAUUGGCGUGGCAGCGGAGCAAGGCGCUUCCGUCGCUGACCUCAAGGUAAUACUACUGCCACCAGCUGGAGCGUACAGCGACGACGAUGACGACCAUACUGGGCGAGAAUCCACAUGGAACUGCGAAAUUAGCUGCCUGGACCUGUCUGGCUCGAUCGGUCGAUCGCUGCAACCAAAAGAUGUCUCCCGUCUUCUUUUCCCGUUGACCACGGAGACCGGGUCUGAGCAAGUCAAGGACUCAUGGGACGCUGCUGAUCCGAUUCCGAGCCCGCCUCGCGUGCUGUUGCCUAAUCUCACCCAUCUUUCGUUGGCCUUGGAUCCCACGACGGGCCAAGACGCGUCAUGGAAACAGCUGCUCGCGCUCUCCUCCAAGCUAUCUGCCGUCACUCACUUGAGCCUCGCCUUUUGGCCGGCGCCGUGCCAGCAUCGGCCAAGGCAGCAUUCUUUCGUGGCGCCUUUUGGAGGCCCGGAAAGUCCCGAAGGCGGCCCCCGUGACUCGAUGGAUGGGGACUGGAGCGAGACGCUGCUCGUUCUGAGGCUGCUGAGCAGGAACCUGUAUAGGCUGGAGUACCUCGACUUGACGGGGUGCGUGUCGUGGUUCGAGGCUCUGAAGCUCGAGAAUGGGCACGACUUUGUCGACUGGGUUUGGGCUUGGGGGAAACUUGGCGUCCUGAGGCUAUACGCGGGCUGGACACCGGGCGAGGACGCACUGCCAUCGGAAAGACUGGCACACGGAGAAGCCGCCAAGAUGGCAAGGAGCAUAGAGAGACACAUUGUAGCCAAGAGGGCAGGCAAGGCCAUGUUUAUCACGGUGGAGCAUGACGAGGCGGCAUAG